AUGCCAGUUACCAGAAGCGCAAAAUCAUACCCCGUGAAUACCCAAGAAUCCUCGUCCACUGCUCCAACCUGUUCGACGGGCACCGACACGAUCACGGGGACCGAAAAGACCGCUACGACUUCAGAACACACGCGCUCCACGUACGCCACACGUACAACCGGUGCAACUGUGGAAACCGACGCAACGAUCAGACAAAUCGACGCCGCGCCGACUGCCACCUCGCCAGUCUCCCAACUAGUAGAGAGACCCGAAGCCGGCGCCACUACAAGUGAAGCACCACGGAGAAUAUACUCUCCUAAAUCUGUUCGAUCUUUUCGAUCCGGUUCUUCGAACAGUCGUCGUAGGCAGCUAGCGGAAGCGCAACAAGAAUUAUUGAAGCUGAAAAUCGAUUUAAUGUCUGCAAAGAUCGCGUCAAUGCAAGAGGAAUCGGACGAAGACGAACCCGCGGAAGCCACGAUCCGCGAGGAACGCACAUCGGAGUGGAUUCGCACAAGCACUAUUGGGUUGAGAAGAGAAGAGCAGGAAGACUACACUGCCGCCACACGUACGAAGGAAGAUAUAUUGAAAGGAAGACCUACCGAAUCACAGGCGCCGCCGCCGACGCGCGACGUCAUUCGACAGGAAAAAAUCUCCACGUACGCAGCACCUGCGACAGCUGGGACCGGGUGCCCCCCCACCAACUACGCGGGGGGAGCGCCCCCCUCUACAUACGUCACGCACACAAUUAGCAACGGCGAUCACUACUGCGGCACGAGCGAUUCAACCCACUACUGCAAGACUUCAAGAAUUACCCAUAUUCAACGGUUCGACUGGCUGCCGUUCAAGACAGCCUAUGAAGAAUCUGCAGGACUGCUCACAGAACAAGAGAACCUGGCGAGGCUCCGGAGGAGCUUGAAAGGCACCGCUAGGGAAGCAGCUCAAUGUUUAUUCGUCGGAGCCACGUCCUCCAACGAAGUAAUGAGCUUACUGACAUCAAGGUUCGGUCGUUCGGACGCGCUCGCACUGGCCGAACUGAGUAAGCUACGCACCCUUCCACGUCUGGGCGAACAUCCGAGAGACAUCUGCAACUUCGCAUCGAAGAUUAUCAACGUCACGGCCACAUUGAAGGCGCUAAACAGACCGCAUUAUCUACACAACGCCGAGAUAGUGCGCGCCGUGGUUGAGAAGCUGCCUUCAGCAUUGCGCUAUCGAUACUAUGACUUUGCUGCGGAACAGCCAGAAUACCAACCUGACCUAGUAACCCUGACCGAGUUCAUGCAACGCACAGCUGCACGUUGUGGGAGCUACGCGCCCGUCGAGAACACACCUGUGGAAGACCGGCGGGAGCCAGCAGGCAGGAGACCCAUGAAGAGCUACCACGCUCAAAUAGCGAAGCCAGCCGCGCACGAACAAGUUACUACGUGUCCUAUUUGCGACAAGACGGGUCAUCAUGCGGCGCAAUGCGACGAAAUGAAGACAGCAGAUGUAGCCGCCAGGUGGGACAUAGCACGCAAACACAGGCUAUGUUUCCGCUGUUUACGGACACGCAAAUUUCGCCAUACGUGUAAAAACAAGAGGUGCGGCAUCGACGGUUGCGAGUACAUGCAUCACUCACUGCUGCAUGGCACUCCACCCUCAUCAAAGGAGAAAAAAGAAGCUCCUGCAUCAUUUGUUGUGGCAUCAGCAAAAGACAGAAGCAACACCACCGCGCUACUGAAGGUACUCCCUGUGCAAGUGAGGGGCCCCAAGGGUACGUGCAACACACUCGCACUACUGGACGACGGGUCAACGUGCAGCCUGAUUGAGGCGGCGAUAGCAAGAAGGAUCGGCGCAGCGGGUACACCAGCACCCUUUUACAUUGAGGGUGUAGCCGGCACACGAAUCAACGCCUGCAAAUCGCAACAAGUACGCAUUUCUCUGCGCGGGCGCGACACGAAUGAGCAUACAAUAACGGCCCGCACCAUGAACAACUUGAAGCUAUCGCCGCAAGCAGUGCCACGUAGCGUCAUACGAGCUUGCCCCCACCUGCACGACUUAGAAGAGCAUCUCAUCUACGAAGAGGGAUCACCUACGAUACUGCUGGGUCAAGACAACUGGCAUCUUUUACUCACACAUGCCGUGCGACGAGGGGACCGACACCAACCGAUCGCAACACUCACCGAUUUAGGUUGGGUUCUACACGGCACUAAGAGAUCGAAUGAAAGAGUCAACACCCACAAAGUACUCCACGCUGUCGCCCCUGAUGAUGAAGAGUCCAUGGAGCAGAUGAUGAGGGAACACUUCAGCCUCGAGUCAUUGGCUGUCAUACCGAGACGCAGCCACAACGACGACGAGCGACGAGCACUGCAACAACUAGAAGAUAAAACCCGCCGUUUACCGGCGGGAGGCUUUGAAACCGGUCUUCUAUGGCGUAACGAGCACGUUCGUCUACCUGACAGCUACGACGUGGCGUUAAGAAGAUUGGAACUAGUUGAAAAGAAACUCGACCGCGACGAGGAACUGAAAAAGAGAUACGAAAAACAGUUACAAACACUGUUCGACAACGACUACGCAGAAAUAGCGCCACCCCAUAAGAACCCGAAGACUUGGUAUUUACCCCAUUUCGCCGUCAUCAAUCCACAGAAGCCAGAGAAGCUCAGAUUGGUCCACGACGCCGCUGCCAAAGCCAAAGGAGUCAGCCUGAACGACAUGCUACUACCAGGCCCGGACUUAAUACAAUCCCUGCCCGGCGUGCUGAUGAAGUUCCGUCAUCGACCAGUAGCGGUAGCAGCCGACAUCAGAGACAUGUUUCUUCGAGUGACUAUACGAGAAGAAGAUAGAGACAUGCAGCGCUUCCUGUGGAGAGGAGACGACCGAGAUCGCCAACCGACUGAGUACCGUAUGAAGAGUGUCAUAUUCGGCGCCACAUCAUCUCCCUGUACUGCUAUCUACGUAAAGGACAAGAACGCGAUUCGUUCUCACUACCCCGAGGCGACAGCGGCAAUCAUCGACAACCAUUACGUUGACGACUACCUAGCGAGUUUUGACGACGAAGGAGCGGCCGUACGCAUAUCCACACAAGUUGCGUACAUACACAGCCGCGCGAACUACUUCCUGCAACGUUGGGCAUCUAACUCGCGCCGAGUACUAAGCACGUUAUCACCGGGGUCGAAAGGCGACAUACUACAACUGGACAGCACGAAAAUACUGGGCAUGGUGUGGCAACCAGAGGAAGACACCCUGUCUUUCAACAUCAACACUCACAAAACACCGGCGGAAGUAUACAACGGGGCAAGAACACCAACUAAAAGGGAGGCGCUGCGCACUACGAUGUCCAUAUUUGAUCCAUUGGGCAUCGCCACUCCAGUCACCAUACAAGCGAAGCGCAUCAUACAAGACUCGUGGCGCUCAGGCAUCGAUUGGGACACCCCGUUAGAAGCGCCCGAGGCGGACGCCUGGAGCAGAUGGCUGGAAGAUGUACGACGACUCGCCAAGAUAAAAGUACCGCGCUGCUAUAUGAAACUUAGUCACGCGCGCGGGAUCCAGUUACACACAUUCAUGGACGCAAGUUCAACGGCAUACGCGGCCGUCACCUAUUGGCGUGUAGAAGACGAAGAUGGCAACAUACACGUCUCACUCGUCAUCGGCAAGGGGAAAGUAGCUCCGUUGAAGGUGAUCUCCAUACCACGACUAGAGCUGCAAGCUGCCGUGCUGGGUUGCCGUCUUACACAGACCGUCGUCGACGAGCAUCAAUUUAAACCGACAAGCCGCUACUACUGGACAGAUUCCCGCACGGUACUGACCUGGAUACGCAACGGACCGCGAGUUUAUAAACCGUUCGUAGCGCAUAGAGUGGCGGAGAUCGCUGAACACACUAAAACGAAAGAAUGGAGAUGGAUACCCACCAAAAUGAACGUCGCAGACGACGCCACCCGCGACGUGCCACACGACUUCGACUCUAAUCAUCGAUGGUACAGGGGGCCGGACUUUCUAUAUAUGUCGGAAGAAAAUUGGCCUCAAGAGGAAGUCACGGACGUCAACGUCACGGAUGAAGAACGGGUCCACCUCACCACAAGCGUCGGCGCGCGACUGAAGGAAGCUCUACCAGAAGUAACUCGUUUCUCAAGUUGGAUACGCCUCAUGCGGACCACAGCGCGCGUACUACAGUUCAUAGACAGGCUGCGGACGCGCACACAACGAUGUGCCGCUUUAAGGAAGAGAACGAGGAAAAAUGCCGACGCCGACCCUACUUGGCGAAAAAAUGAUACAGAAAGCAAGAAGACGAUUACUUCCGAGGCUGCGCGUGAAAAGCAAGUUUUACACAAAUUUAAAACGAUCGACGCAUCAUAUCUACGCCACGCCGAGUCGCUGUGGAUACGAACGCAACAGGAAGAGGCGUUCACCGAGGAAAUCAACCCCCUCAUGAGGGGGACCCCCUUUCCCCCCUCUAGCCGCCUUAUGAAAUUAUCAACGCUACUCGACGACGAAGGCAUAAUACGACUACGAUCGCGUAUAGCGGCCGCGGGUGAUAUCACUGAGCAACAACGGUCACCAGCCGUGCUUGAUGGAGACCACCCGUGGGUGCGACUGUAUAUCGCCUGGAUACACAAACAGACGCACCACGGAGGCUUCGGCAUCACCACCAGCGAGGUACGACAGCAUUACUGGCUCCUACGACUACGCAACGCUGUGCGAAGCGAACUGAAACGUUGCCGAGUGUGCCGCAUCAUGAGAGCCACGCCUCCACAACCCUCGACUGGAAACCAUCCGCCCAGCCGCCUCGCUCACCAUCAACGCCCGUUCACAUACACCGGGCUAGAUUUCUUCGGCCCACUUCAAGUCACAGUAGGCCGCACACGACAAAAAAGAUACGGAGCGAUCUUCACCUGCCUAACCACGAGAGCGGUCCACGUCGAAGUGGCCGGAGAUCUGAGCACCGACUCCGCCAUCAUGGCACUCCGUCGCUUCAUAUCGCGACGCGGAUGCCCGACGGAGCUGUGGUCUGACCAGGGAACCAAUCUCCGCGGCGCGGACGCCGAGCUACAGAGGGCAGCACUAGAAGCUAUACAGGAAGACGCCAGUAUCCGGUUCAUCAAGUGGAGAUACAUACCACCGAGCGCACCGUUCAUGGGAGGAGCAUGGGAGCGUCUGGUACGGAGCAUCAAAACAGCUCUGUACACCGUACUGCACGAACGCGCCCCGAAAGAAGAGGUCCUGCACACUCUAUUGGUCGAGACAGAGCACACCCUCAACAGCCGCCCUCUCACCCAUGUAUCCACUGCUCCAGAAGACGAGAACCCCCUGACUCCGAAUCACUUCCUACUGAGGGGUCCCUCACGAGUACCACUGCCUGGAGCCUUCACGGACACUGACAUCGACGGGCGCAAGAUCUGGCGGACCAGCCAACGACUGGCCGACAUGUUCUGGUGA